AUGGUGGUCGGAACGCGCGGAGCGGGGAUCGCGCGCAGGCUGGGCUUGCCGCUGGGCCGCGCCCUGGGGGCCCGGCCGGGCCCGGGCCCGCGCGCGCCCGCGGAGGAGGCCGCCCGCCGGCCGCAGGCCUGGGGCGCCGCCGCGGGCGUGGGGGCCAGCACGCCGGUCUCGAGGAUGGCGGUGCCAGGGGUGGCGGGGGUCUCGUCCUUGCCCGGGUUGGCCCCGGACCGCGUGCUUGCGCUCUCCGACCCCAUCGGCUCGGACAAGUACGUGAUCCUCAGCGAGCGGGAGGGGGGUAUUGGCCCGGAGAGGGCGAUCGAGCUCUUCUCAAGCUUCAUCUGGAGCUCGGAUGGGCGUUGCUCGCACCUCGACGUCUGCACCUUGCCCACGACCAGGGAGGGCAUGGACGCCCUCUAG